AUUCCUUUUUCACGUAUGGCUGCGAAUCGAAAAUUUGUGUUGUUGUGUGCCUUCGUCGUCGGUGCAGUUGCAGUUCCCGUAGUCAGAGAGGAACAAUGUGCAAGGUACUGUACAGAAGAGCACGACUUUUUGCUGCGGUCAGGUAGCGUUUAUACAUACGACUAUGAAACAACGACAGUCACUGCCGUCCAGGGCUCCUUCCAGGACAAGACCCAACUACAGUUGACAGCUCAAGUCGACAUCGAAGUCCUUUCAAAAUGUGAUCUUUCUUUAAGGCUUCGAGGGGUGACGUUGAAGCUCUCCGAUCCAGAAAGUCCCGACUACCUCAACACCAUUCGAGGAGCUCGCGAUUUCGCGAAAUCAGUCGAAAGGCAUGUCUUGAGGUUUUCAUUUCAAAAUGGAAAGGUGGAGCACGUUUGCCCUAAGGAAGAUGUCCCAGACUGGGUGCUCAACAUCCAGAAAGGUGUCUUAUCAGCAUUCCAGUCCUACGUGGUCAAGCCAGAUUGGACCACAAGAGCUUUGGAGACUGAUGUACUGGGAAAAUGUACAGCUGAAUAUCAUUCCCUGGGAACAAGUUGGCAAGGAACACACACCAUUCGAAAACUCAAGGAUCUUUCAUCUUGCACUGACAGAGAAAAUGUUGAAACGUACCUUCAAGGAACACCCUACGCCGAUGAUUUUGAAAGAAGAUCUCUUCCACUGGUAAAAGGUAGCCAAGAGUGCGAGCAGGUGAUUGGUGAUGGAUUCCUUAAAACAUCAACAUGUAGCGAAAAACUCGUGUUCAGGCCGUUUUCCAAUGGAGGCAGUGGUGUAGUCACAACUGUUACGCAGAAACUAUCCUACGCAACUAUUAGCAGAAGAACGUUUACCGGAACUGAUUACCGUCCAACAACUGAAAGUUUGCUUUUCCGACACUCUAAGCAAGAAGAUGAUCCCUCGAAGAGGGAAGAACAAACUGAACAAGCUCUGAAGGAUUUGUGCGAAGCAUCACAACAGGAUAUCUCAAUAACUGUUCCAAAGAAAUUUUCUGCUUUUGUGUACAAGUUGAAAAAAUUGCCCGUUGAAUCACUGCGAUCUUUAUACCAAAGAGCUGAAAGGAUUUGUCCUGAAAACUCGAAAUCCAGAAAAUUCUUCAUGGAUGCCAUACCACUUGUGGCAACAUCUGAUUCGGCGAAGUUCAUGUAUGAAAUGAUUACUAGAAAUGUGGUGACAGAAGCUGAGAGCAAAUUUUGGUUGACAUCUUUAUCGUUCAUUUCUGAGCCCACAGCAGAUAUAAUUUCCACUUUCACGCCACUUUUGGAUGGAAGACACGAACAAGCACUGCUUGGUGUUUCAGCACUCAUUCACACCUUCUGCAAAUCCAAUGACUGUUAUCAAAGUCGUGAAGUUGAAGCAGCCGUAUCUAAACUUGUUCAAAACUUGGGAGAUAACUGCUACAGUGCUGAGGACAAGAAGACAAUUUUGACGUUGAAAGCUUUAAGCAACAUUGGAAUCAUGUUCGAUAGACAGAGAAUUUUGACUGCAUGCUACAAGAACCCUCAACUUAGAACAGAAGUUCGUCUAGCAGCUAUUCAAGCUUUCCGACGUGUCAGCUGUGAUGUCAACAGAGAAGACCUUUUCAAUACGUACAGAAACUACAACGAAGAUAGUGAAAUUCGAAUUGCAGCAUAUUUAGCCGUUAUGAACUGUCCAACUGCUUCAACAGUUAGCGCUGUCAGAGACGUGCUCAUGACGGAGACCAUCAACCACGUGGGAUCUUUUGUAUGGACCCACUUGACAGCUCUGGCCAAAAGCAAACAUCCAGAAAGGAAAGCAUUCCGUGAAAUCGUCUCAAAUCUAUACCUUCUAAACAAAUAUCAAGGAGAUGUGAGGAAAUUCUCUAGUGCCCACGAAGCAACUUUCUUCUUAGAAUCUAUUGACUCCGGAUUCCACGUGGAUAGCCACUUAAUAUUUUCUACAGAUUCCUAUUUACCAAAGUCAGCCAUGUUUAAUCUUACUGUCGAUGUUUUCGGCAAAACGUGUAACCUUUUCCAGAUUGAUGGUCGCAUGGAAGGAUUGGAGAGAGUUGUGGAAAGCUUCUUCGGCCCCAGUGGUUAUUUCCCGCAGAAAAACAUUGCCAAGAUUCUGAGAGAGAAACGAUCAAUUUCGAACAACAAGAUUGAUGAUAUGGAUGAAAAGUUCCAAGCUAAAUCUCGAUUUAGCCAAGAGCCCUAUGGAUCUUUGGAUGUAAAAGUAUUUGGAUCAUCCCUUUGGUAUAGCCAAUUCAGACAGAAUGACGAUAGCGCUCCAGAUAUCAACCUUCUGGAAUUGGUGACAAAACUCGCAGAAGAACAGGAAAAAGAAUAUUCACGCAGUUUCAUGUUCCUGGAUACAACUUUCACAGUUCCAAUGACUAGUGGUCUCCCUCUUCGUAUUGCUGUUAACGGAACAGCAAGUGUUAAUCUGAAAAUUGGCGGGAAAUUUGACGUGAAAUCGAUGCAGCAUGUUGAUGUUCUAGGAAACAUUGAACCGAGUGGUGCAAUCGAAAUUGCCAGCUUGCUGACUGUAGAUGCCGGAACAGCAGCGCGAUCCGGACUACGCGUCGUCGGAACCAUGCACUCCUCUACUGUUCUUAAUGGAAGAGUUGAAGUGAGGAAUGGUGAAGUAGCCAAAGUUCAACUUAACAUGCCGAGAGACAGAAUAGACGUAUUUAACAUGCAGAGCAAAGUUUACCUACUCCACGGAACAAAUGAAAAAGAACAAAAAGCUGAUAAGAAAGACGGUGCUGUCAUGAAAAGUUGCUCUGGAAAUACUAUUAGCACCAUCUUUGGAGUAAAAUUCUGCUCAGAGCUGCAACUUCCUCCAUACAAACCCAAUUCUCCUCUCCAUCCUGUCAAUGGUCCAGCAUCGUUUAGUCUUUACAUUCUUAAAACAGAUCAAAGCCUCAAGAGUUAUGAUUUCGACGCCAUGUGGCGAAACGAUGGGAAAAAUAUAAACGGAAUGAUAUCAUUGAACACACCACAAUCAGAGAUUGACAGAGAUGUGAAAAUGGAAAUCUCCCUGAAUAAAAUAGACCACACUGCAACCUUCAAGGUGAAAUCCCCGAUGAAGAAGCUAAGUGUUAAGGCUAAAUUCCUCAACGUUGAAACACAGAAGAAAAUUGAUCUUGGAGUUGAUAUCGAUGACAAGAAUUAUUUCUCCAUGCAAGCUGAUCUACAGAGCUCUGGAAGCAAAGACUCCCUAACUUAUGAGCCAUCAUUUGAGAUAAGAAUACCAUCCAGGAGGCUUGCAGCUGUCACUGGCUCCUUCAACAUGAGGACUGGACAGAAGUACAUGGGACAGAUUAAGGUUGAAGAUCUGACACAGAGACCAAUACUGGCAAAAGGUAGCUUUGAGCUUGGCAGAACAGGUAGAUACAUAGGAGAAUUGACAUUGAACAGUUUUGUAAUAGAUGGUACCGUUAAAGGAUAUGCUCAGGCAGGUGACAGCAUGUCUACCAAAAUCAACGCAGAAUAUAAAUUCCUCGACGGAAUUAAGAACAAAAUUAACUUUCAGGGAAAAGUUAGGAACCUUUCUGCAAACGCACUAAUGAAAUACACAGGAUUGGUCAAUUUGGAAACUUCGUUAUUGCCUGAAUGGAAUACUGAAGUAUCCUUCGAAACCAUGCAGACAACAGGGCACAUAGAAAAUAGCGUUGCGAUAUCUCUUGGAGAUGGAGUGAGGAGCCGUAUGCACAAAAUUAGAAUGCAAAAGAUCAUCAAAUACGAAGGAAACCUAAAAAACAACAAAAUAUCAUCAGCUUUCAGUUUGUCAUAUCCAGAAAAGAACAUUGAUUAUUCCUUAGAGCUUAAUCAAGACAUGAAUAUUAAUGAAAGAAACACAGUUGGACAGUAUAAGAACUCUAUGAAACUCGUGUAUGAUGCAAGGAAGCAACUAAACUCAGACUUAAUGUUAGACAUUAAUUUAGAAAACUCAAAAUAUGUGACAGCAGAUAUGAAGGUAAAUUAUCCAGGUAGAGAAUCUAAACUUCGAGUCGAAUUGAGUGAGGAAGGACAGAAAGAGUUCAAAGGUGUGCUGUCCUGUCAGUGGCAAUCCGGAAAAGUUGCCACUGCUCAAGUUCGGUUUAAAGAUAUGAGUGACGGUGGUCUGAUUAAAUAUGAACUUGAGAGUGGAGUGAACCUUCCGUGGCGAAAUCCUAUCAUCUCAUUAAGCACAGUGACGGUCAAACAAGGAUGGUAUUCAGCACACAGUGAAUUAACAACAGGAUUGGAUAAAUACCGAGCUAAAGCAGAUGUUUCCGUGGGUAACGGAAUAAACCACAGAAUGAUGAUGUCAUUUGUAAAAAAUAAUGACCUGUACAGCUUGGAGAUGUCCGUUCAGAACAUCAGAAAUAAAAUCAACAGCCAGUUUGAACUGAAAAGACCUCAUCAUCAGAGAAUUGCUUCAAAAUUUGAAGGAAGGUUUGACAGAGCAUUUAAGACAGCUACACUAGAAGUUCUAUGGGAUGCUGACAGAGACACCAGCAAGAGAUUUGGGUUGAAUGGCGAAAUACGCAAACAGAACGACGGGUAUGAUGGAAAAUUCACCGUACAGAUUCGACGAAGAACAAUAACGGGAUUCUUACAAACAAACUUGCAGGGAGAGCUUCUUAGUCGGAAUUGGAGAACAGAAAAUAAACUUGUAGUGGAGUGGUCGCCAGCAGAAAAAGCUGCUCUAGAGUUUUCAGCUGGAGCUCUGUUUGACAGGUCAAGACAACAGAUAAAUAACCACAUAGAGAUCAGUACACCAUACUACGGAUACGAAAAUAUUACAUUCAACUUGAAUCACGAGUAUAGCAACCAACAAUGGCAGAGUGAAAUGUCAUCCUUUUUGCCAGGAAACAAUCGAAUUCUGUUAUCAUCGAAUGGCAAAUACUCCUUCACUUCGGGUGGUGCAUCACUGGAAACACGAGCUCAAUUCCAAUCUUCAUGGAAAAAAAUGGAGGAAGCUUCUUUUGCUUUGUCCCAUGAUCACAGUUUAAAAGAAUUGUCCAGUAAAGCUGAAAUUAGUUGGGGAAAAGAACAAGCUCUCAUGCAAAUAUCUGGAGUUAAGCAGGAUUCAAUGAUUACAGGAUCUUUUAAGAUAAACUCUCCUUUUGAUAACUUCAGAGAUGUUUCGGCAGAAGUGACACAGAACAUGGCACCUGGUAAUUAUAAAACGAGAGGCACAGUACAGUGGGCGUCAAGAAGAAGAAUUUCGUUUAACUUUGAAGGCAUUCACAUGUUCCAAGGCCGCCGUAGGAUUUGCACAAUAACAUUAACAACUUCCACUCCUUUUAGAGGAUAUGAAAACUGUCUUGGAAAAGGUACGUACAGCAAUGAUGGUUCUGUUUUGUCUACUGAUAUGGAAAUGACAUGGAACAGAAAUAAAGUUGCUGCGUCUUUUAAUGGUUCUAUGAGGAAGGGUGUGAACGACAACAAUUUAGAAGCAAAACUGCAAUUUACUAGCCCGUUCAAAAAUUACGAGCAUGUUAUGUUAUCAUCUUCUCUGGAAUUAAGUCGCAAUUCUUACAAGAUAAAUAUUGAUACUCAGCUACAGAACCGACCCACAGUUUCAUUUAACUCCCAAGGAAAAAUGAAAAGCCUUAGUGAUAUUGAAGUCAACGCGGUAGUUAUUAGCCAAAUUCCAAGGUACAUACCUGAAAGGGCAACAAUAGAUUUCGUCCACAAACUGCAAGAUUCAAGUGUGAGAACAUCUUUGGAUACAUUUUAUGGAGACAGAAGAUUUACAGUUCUUGUACAAGGAUUACAUGAAAAUGCCUAUGGUUCAAGAAAUGCAGAGUUAUCUGUUGUAGCAAAUACACCAUUUUUUGGAUAUGAAGAUAUGAAGCUUGAGUUUGCCCACAAUAGUCUUGGCUACGAAUAUAAUACCAAAAUGACUCUGAACAAGAAUGAAAAGAGUGGAUCUGUGGUUCAUAAACUUCUUCUAAGGGACGCACUUAACUUAGAAACUAACAUUGAACUCACAUCCAAUGUUAUCCCUCAUGCAAAAAUGUCACUCUCCCAAAAGUAUGAUGACAGGCUCCUAGAACACAGGACUGAUAUUGUUUGGGAUAGGAGCAAAAAAAUAAACGUCAACGCACAACUUUUAACCAAACCGUUUUCCAAAGAAUUUUCAUUUAAAGUCAACACUCCUUUCCGAACGGUUAGAGAAGUUGAAUUCAAAACCAGUAUCGACUGUCAAAAUUGGGACCACAAAGGUUCCAUGUCAGCUCAGUGGAAUAAAUACAACAAAGUAACUCUGAACGGAGAUCUUCGGAAUUAUCGUUGGCAAAAUGUCAAUAGCCGCCUUGAAUUUUCCAGCACUCUAAAUGGCUACGAAUUCUACUCGGUAGCAGCAAAAUACGAUCUCACUGCACCGCAAAAAUCUGCUGAGUUCACUUACGAAUGGGAUUCUAAUAACAAGAAAGCCGUCACAGUCAAAGGUAAUUACCUACUCACUUACAGUUUGAAAAGCGCUGAAUUCGUGCUUACAACUCCAUUCAAAGAAGUGAAUAAUCUCAAUUUAGGAGUCAGUUUCGUAAGGAAGCCAUCCCAAAAGAAUUUGAAUGUAAUGUUUCAUCUACAAGGAGAAAGGAACUUCCAAUUCAACGCAAAAUCUGAUGUCAGGAAUGGCAAAGGAGAAAUAUCAUACGAUUUGAACAACUCAUUUGGAACCACGUUGAAACAAACGAAAGGUCACGUUAAAUAUGCGAAUAGAAAUGACGGGAUGAAUGGAGAGAUUCUCGGCACAUGGAAUGAUGAGGACAAGUUUCACCUAACAAGUGAAUUGAAAGCAGCUUAUGGGAAAUUGAGAAUUUCCGCAUCAACUCCUAUUUAUGGAUAUGAAAAACUUAUUUUGGAUGUAGAGGGAGAUUUCGAGCAACCAGAAAAACCCAUCAAAGUCACGUGUCGUUGGGGAGCUGAUGGAGUACUUUCAGUCGGUACCAGGUAUAAAGAAAAUCGAGAACAAUCAGAGUUGAUAACAACCGUGACCAGUUCUUUUGAAAAUUAUAGGAGCGUUAUUGUAAGAUCAGAGUAUACCAUGAGGCCAGGUAGUUAUGCAGGAAGUAUAUUAGCCACAGUGAACGACAGAAACGCCUAUGAAGGUAGCGUAAAUUUCGCAAAUAAAGCAAACAAUUUAGAGCUCAGUUUUAGUUUGAAUACUCCCCACCCGCCGUUGAGAAAUGUGCAAAUUUCUUCAAACUUAGACUGGAAUGGUGAGUCGAAAUCGUUUGAUGGAAUUUUAAAAUGGGAAGGAAAAGAAGCAAAGAUUACUUUUUCACACACAAGUGGAGCGCAGCAGAACUACAAAUCAAAACUAAGAAUCGAAACUCCUUUCAAGAAUUACAGACUAUUCAGCUGUGAAAGCUCUUUACGACUAAAUGGAAUGCAAUCAAUUAACGGAAGAAUGUCGGUAAUAACACCCUUUAAAUCCAUUCGAACUUUGGAUUUAACUGCCGAUUUUAAAAAUGACAAUUCAGGAAGCUCAUUAUCUUUUGAAGCAUCUACUCCGGAAGAAAAGCUGUCCGUUGAAGGCAAAGUCUCUAACCGCCAAUUUCAACCCCUUAUCGUUUCUUUGGACAUUGAUGCACCAUUUUUGAAACUCCAAAAAGUUUCUUCUCGGGCUGAAGUAAAUGUGGCACGCUGGAACAAUUCCAAAGCAAAAUUGUCCACAAACUCUCCCUUCUUUAAUCAUGCAUUAAAUGUUGAGCUGCUUGCUGGUAAAACUGGAAUGGGUUUUGAAGGUACAGUUGAAUCUACAGCAAUUGCUUCUGGGAAAGUCAGAGUUUCAGUGAAAGCUAAUUACAUUCAAAACCGAGACAUCAAUGCUGAUGCCACUGUCGAACUGUUCAAUAACGUUCAUUCAAUUACGGCGCAGUUUGUGGAUACUGGCAGAGAAAUGAGGAUUGAAUCUCGAGUAGACAGCUCCCUUCUCCCUGAAAAUGAACUACAGGUUGUUGGAGUGCUUUCAAGGCGUCGCAGUAAAGUGGAUUUAAAAAUUAGUUUCACCGUGCCCAGCGCGACACAUAAAGUUGAAACAAAGUACGAAGCAAAAGGCAAUCAAAUUACUGCCAAUAUGAAAGUUGAUAGUGAUAUUUUACCAUUUUCUAGUGUGGACUCCCAAGUAAAAUACAUAAAUAACAAUUACCGUGAUAUUGAAACUGAAUUGUCAAUAAAAACUCCUGAUUCGGUCCACAGUAUUGUUUGGAAUGCCAAAAAUUAUCCAACAGAAAAAUUCGCUGAAAUCAAAAUCAAUUGUCCAUUCUCUGAAUACCUAGACUCCUUUAGUGUCACUGGAAGUUUCAAGAAUAAUAACGAUGCAGAGAUUGAUGGAUCUCUGUCAGUGUCUUCUAUGGGAAAAGACAUCAGAAUUGCUGGAAACAUGAAAAAUACCAAAUGGGAAUCUGUGGAAGCUUUCUUAACUAUCAACACACCAUUCCAAGUGAUGCAAUGGGGCCGAAUGAAUGUUAAUUACAACAAUGACAAAUAUCAGGAAUUUUCGUGCAACUUUGAUGUAGAGACCUCAAAUCCAAAUCUCCGUCUACUUGGAGUAACAUCAAAACUUAGUAGAUCCAAGGGAGCUGAAGAUAUGUCUUUAAUGUUCCGCCUUCCUCUGAAAAAUUAUCAAACAAUCCAAUUACUUGUUAAUGGACACUACGCAGAAGAUUUCUCAUCGGCUGACUCGCGCGCAACCUUAACUCUUCCAAGAAAUAAAUACAGCAUCUAUGGUCAGUACGGCAAUCGAGCACCAAGGGUGUCUGGAACUGCAGAACUAGAAGCUAAUGGAAAGAAAUGGAUGGUUUCCGGAAGAGUAGAACGUACCAACGACAAGAAAGACGUCUCUGUAAGUUUCACCCUACCAAGCAAUGACAAGUAUGAUUUCGGAGGUGUUUAUGGUGGUUUCGAUGACACUCGUUACGUAUCUGCAUCAUACAUAAGUCCAAAAGCUGAAAAAUAUCACUUUAAUUCAAGUGUAAAGUUUUCUGACUUGACAAACUUCGAUCUUGAAGUGCAAAUAGAAUCACCAUUUGAAAACUACAGAACCCUACAAAGCACUAUUCGUCAACAGUAUAAUUCAAAUUAUCAGUUAACAAAUGUUGAGUAUACAAAGAAUGGACGCAAAGGGUUCUUUAAACUAUUGCACCGCAUUAUGCGCAAUAGAAUUACCGGUACCGUGCAGAUGGGAUGUCCGUAUACUAAACUUCGAGACCUGAAACUUUCUUACAACCACGACACUAAAUCAAAUGAUAAGGAAUGCAGCUUCCAGCUGGACUACAACAGAGUGAAGCAGUUUAAAGCAGAAUUAAUGAGAUUUGGAGGAAAAUCCUCCCAUAUCAUACUAGAUGUACCUGUUCUUCCUUUAACCAUCACAGCAAACAUAAAAUAUUUGGAUUCAGGGAAAGAAGUGAACUUCAAGUCAGACUAUUAUUCCAGAGUGAUGUCAUUCAGAUCUUCAUACCAACAAGAACAAGGACAACUUCUUCACGAUGCUGCUUUCAGCUGGGAUGAAGGAACGAAAAAGAGAGUUUCAUACGAAUUCAAGCUAAGUGACACUGAAACUGGGAAAGAACUGUGGAGCCGACUGGACACUCCUGUUAGGUCUCUGAUGCUAAAAGGCAACUUUACAAAAACUAGCCGGUCUCGCUCUGGAGGAGUCGACUUUUAUUGGGAUGCUUCAAGAAGUCAUGAAAGACACAUGGCUGUUGGAAUUGAGCACAGUGACAUGAGCAAAGGAAGGACAAACACCCACAGGGUGCAAAUCACAGUGGAACAUCCCAAGCUAGCACGCGCAAUUGUUCAAGCAAAUACUCUUUCUUUCGGGCCAUCAGAGCUUCUGCUGAAGAGCGAACUGCUUUAUUCCCGGCUAAGACACCGCGAUGUGGUUCUGGAAUUGAAAGCCAACGAUUUGUCCAGAAACAGAGGUGAGACUCAUUACAAAGGGGAAAUGAUGGUGCGUCAUCCAAGCAGCAGACUGGACAUGCGAGCUGCUGCGGAGGUCAUGGACAGCAAAAUCGAAUCCAGUGCCUAUUUGAAGUUCAACAACUUGGACAGUCAGCAAGCUCAAAAUAUCAGAGAAAUAAGGGCAAAGAUCUUCAAGAUCAGACAGCAGAUUGAUAUCAUGAUGAAAUCGAAUGAAAAUGAAAUAAACUACCUGGGAGAAGUGUCUGGAAGAGGUGGGGACAUGAACUUAUCCAUUGAACGGAAGUUGAAUGAAAAGCGAGAUUUUAAUGCCCAAGUCAACUUUAGCAGACGUAAUAAGGCUCUUGAUCUUAGUGUACUUAAUUCAGAAAACACUGGAGUACAGGCGUCAGCAGCAUUCCCAAAAGAUUCCGUGAGCCUGAAAAUAUCUCACAGUAAACGGGGAAAUAUAGUGACAGACGUGAACAUGUACUUGGGCUUGGAGGAAUCAAAAGUUUUGAAAUCACAGAUAAAUUGGAGGCCUAGAAUGUGGAGAGAACUAAGGAUCGCCACAGGAGAAACAUUAAGAGCCAUCUUGAAAACUGGAAGAGAUAGCCAUCAAGAACUCUCGAAUGCUAUUUCCGAAGAAUGGAACACGAAAUCCUCACUAAUUUCUCGCGAUAUGGCCCAAGAGUUGUCCCCAUUCUUCAAUGAACUCAGAAGUGGUGUGUCAGAAAUUGGAGCUGACUAUCAGAGAACCAAGAAUGCUUUCUGGGACAUGUACAGAAACAACGAAUUCUACAUGAAAGAUAUUGUCAGAGGAUAUAAAUCAACAAUGGAAAUGUUAAGGGAGACCAUGGAUCACCUCGCUCUUGGUUACGAAGUGCUUUGGAACAUCAUCGUGGAACAAGUUGAGGAUCUCUACUACAGAAUGUACUAUUCAUGUCUCGACAUGAUCGACUACGCUAAGGAUCUGAGGAUAAGGCUUUCCAAAAAGGCCUCUGAAUUUUUGAGAACUACCCAAGAAAAGUUAAGAGAAGCUGCUUUGUACUGUUGCGACAAAAUUGGUGAUGGCAUGAAGUACAUCUCAAGCAAAGUUCAAACUGUUUCAGAAAAAAUAAUCUUAAGACUGGACAAACUGGUACGAGCAUAUGCCCCCUGCUUGAUAGAUGGAUAUUUCUAUAUUAAACACUUUGCUGAUGAUGUUCGUUAUUGGUUCAACAAUAUGUACAAUAAAGCAUCAGAUGGUGUCUUCAAUAACCGCUACUAUGUCGCACUUUCAAACUACGUGUCCACUGUUAUGGAUACAAUCCAAGCUUUUGGAGAUUAUGGAUACGCCGCAUGGGCUCAAGCCACCAUGAACAACAUCUAUGAUGUCCAAUUACUGGAUGCCAUUGUCAAUCAUCCCAACAUUGAGUACAUGUCUGGUGCUGCAAAAUCGGCUCUUGUGAAAAGUCUUGAAAUAUAUCACAAAUUAGGUUUAGAUGUUGCCUACAACGCAGCCUCCCAAAGCAUUUCUAAUUACGUCAAAACCAAGGCCCUCAGCACAGCUCAAGAUUUAUUCUCUGAAUUUUAUGACUUGAGAGGUGGUGUUAAGUACGAAUUCCAACCUCAGAGAGGUCUUGUCUCCCUUGAAUUAAUGCUGCCCAGUCGUCGCAACAGUUUAAUCGAAGUUUUCGACUUUAAGAGCUAUCCAGAAUUCCAGAAAGCAAUGACUAUGCAGAACACCCUGAUGGCUGAAUACUAUGAAGAUUUCUGCAUUUGGGACUUCUAUUACAAGAUCGUAAAUUACCUCACUCCAAGCUAUUGGCUGCCAUCUUUUAAUGCUCACGCUGUCCUGUCUGGAAAUCAGCAUUACAUCACUUUCGACAAACUGCCAUUCGCCUACGCUGGACGUUGCAGCUACCUGUUGGCCCGUGACUUUGUGGACGGAAACUUCUCAGCCAUCGUCAAUUAUGGCGAUGACCACAUUCGAAAAUCCCUCACCAUCCUGACAGAAGGCAAAAAAGUGGACAUCGCUAGCAACUACAAGAUCACAGUGGAUGACAAAAAAAUGGAAUCGCCUUUGCAAAUGGGAAACACAGUUGUUAUUAGAGAAGGUACCAACAUGAGGAUCGAGAAUGAGAAAAAAGGUUUCUCCCUGGUCUGCAAUUUCGUCCAUAACUACUGCAGUUUAUCUUUGUCUGGCUUCUACUUCGGCAAAACUGGUGGGCUCUUUGGCACUUACAAUUACGAACCGCAGUUGGACAUGAUGACACCUAAUCGACUUCUUGCAGCUGACUUGGAAACUUUUGCUAGCAGCUGGGAAGUGGGAAAAACUGUGUGCAGGAGCUCAGAAAAUCUGGCAACUCUUCCAAGCUACGAUGCCCGAGUUCAGGAAAAAUGCCGAAACUUGUUCCAAAAAUCUUCUUCUGGAUUCAGAGCCUGUUUCAAACAGGUUAACCCUGAAGCAUUCUUAAAGAUGUGCGUCAACGACUUGUCCGCUGUCCAUCAGAACCAAUACGAUGAAGCCAUUUGCCAAUCCGCUGCUGCCUAUUUCUACGAAUGCAAGAUGGAAGGAGUCCCACUCAAGAUGCCAUCGAACUGCGUCCGCUGUGAGAAGCAAGACGGAACUUCAAUGAAAGAAGGUGAUGCUCUAAGAUUCCCCAAAGAACUUAAACCCGGUGUAGCUGAUGUUGUUUUCCUCGUUGAGGAAAAGGACUGCAAUCGCGACCGAGUAAAGUAUCUCAGCAAAUUAGCUCAAGGCAUUGAAGACAACUUCAGACAAAAGAAUUACCACGACGUUCGCUACAGCGUAGUUGCAUUCGGCGGAAGCAAGAUCCACUCCGCGCCUCAUGUUCACACCAUGGAUGGUCAAGAAUCGGGAUCAUUUAGAUCUCUUGACUCUGCAAUUUACAGUCUGGAGUUCGGAGAUGGACCAAAUAAUGUACUGGAAGCUCUGAGGUUUGCUGCUGCAUUGAACCUCCGCCCAGGAGCAACCAAUACUUUCGUCUUGAUGAAAUGUUCGACUUGCAAGUCUGAGGAACUCAAGGCUGAAUACAGUGAGACACUGCGCACUCUUUCGGAUGCCGAAAUAACGCUGCACGUUCUCAUGGAACAGAAAUUCGAAAUGAAGGAAGUUCCGAACAAAAACUCAAAGGCCAGAAGAGUAAUUGGAGUGGACAAAAGGUUCGCCUAUACAUUGAAAGAUGUGAAGAAUUCCGAUCUGUCCGGAGAUGGAGAUCUUCUAGCGCAACUGCGAAUACCUAAGGAUGUAUGCAUCCCUCUGGCCCUCGAAGUCAAAGGUUCGAACUUCGAUUCACAGUUCCUCACGGAAGUGAAGAAGAACACCAACAAGAAGUUCAUGGACGUCUUGGCACGAGUCAUCGUCAAGUCUUCAACGGAAGAAGAAAGAGCGAAGUGGGGAAUGUGCUGCGAGUGCAUAGCCACAGAUGAUGGCGUGGGCAAGAGCACGUGCCAACGAUGCGUCUCAGCCGAAGUAGCCAGCAUGAUUUCUGCUGAUAUAUUUAGCAUCAACAACAUAGAAAGUUCCUCCUUAGAAACCAGAGAAAAAUCAAAGUCAAGAGUUCGUAAACACAAAGAAAGAACAAGUGGACUUUAGUUCUUGUUGUAUUUAACAAAUUCAAUAGCAUUAUUUUGUUGAAAAAUAUGUCGGUGUUUGGACAUUCAUUAACGAUCAAUUAAACUCAUCUAAGGUUCAUAAAUGUGUUCUUGUUUUGUAUUGCAUUUUAAUUUUUCUUUCGAAAAUUUUAUUAUAAUUAAAUCAUUUAAAGUUUUAUUUCUCAUCUUGUAUUUAUUUUGAAUUUUUAUUGACGAAUUAUUGUGAAUAAACGGGUGUGUCGUAAUGUAAAAUUGAAAUUUAUUUUUAUCAUGCCUUUUUGAGUCAUCAUUUUAUCUGCACACAAUCUUCAUAAAAGUCCAACUCUACAAAACAUCUUUGAAGAGACUCUCUGCCUUCCUGUUUCAAAUACCUCUAUGUUUUACAUGCCAAUGUGCCAUUUCAUAGAGUAUUUGGCAGCUCUUCCAAGAACAGCUAGGAAUUAUCUUCAAAAUGCAUCAGGCAUUUGACGGUGCAAUCAUUUUAAGUAUUGUAAAUCUUUCUUAAUUUCUUUUUUAUUUUCAUCAUGUGGUUAACUUUAAUGUACAAAGCCGUUGACUAAUAAAAGCUGUGUAGCAAAAA